UGGUUUGGGAGCUCGUGAGUGCAGUUCGAUCUGUUGUCCAGGCGGCUGCGCGUGCUGCCGAAGCCUGGCUGCAGUAUAUAAAGACAGCCAACGGUUCAGACAAUCACAGCGGUCAAACCGCUCAGAGACAUUAACGGUUGUCGCAUUUUCUCCCCAAAAAAAACGUUAAGUUAAAUCAGCCGCCACCGCUUCUUCUCCUUCAACCGGCACCUGUGUGUCCCCGCAGAGAGGGGGGUCCAGAGCGAGCAAGGACCGACCGGCAUGGACCCCCAAGCGAAGGAGCGAACCGGCCCGUCGGCGGCGGCUGUUGGGGGCUUCAGCGGGCGGUUGGCCUCUCUGGGAGCCGACGGGGGCGACUCUGAGUCCGGAGCCGGCUCGGAGGAGGCUGGCCUGGGCUGCUGUAGUGACACCUUCAGCAGCUUACCAGACAUGGAGCAGGAGACGCUGGAGGACAAACUCAGAGGACUGGCGUUCAGAAAACAGACCUCGUAUCGGAAAGCGAUCUCCCGUUCAGGCUUUCAGCACCUCGGUCCCCCUCAACCCUCCCUGCCUCCUGCAUCCAACGGGCCCAACAAGGACCUGCAUACCGGCGUGGACUGGACGGAGAACGCAGCCAACGGGGAUCACCUGUGGAUGGAGACCAGUUGUUCAGGAGAGCUCUGUUAUCUCGGAGAGGACACCUGCCUACUAAAGACCGCAAAGUCGGCUCCCAGGAGGAAAUGUGCUGCCUGUAAGAUCGUUGUUCACUCCGGAUGCAUAGAGCAACUAGAAAAGAUUAACUUCCGAUGUAAGCCGACCUUCAGAGAGGGAGGAUCCCGCUGCCUCCGAGAUCAAAACAUACUGAGACAUCACUGGGUUCACAGACGGAGACAGGAGGGGAAAUGUAGACAGUGUGGAAAGAGUUUUCAACAGAAGUUCUUCCACAGUAAAGAAAUAAUCGCCAUCAGUUGUUCCUGGUGUAAACAGGCGUUCCACAACAAGGUGACGUGUUUCAUGCUGCACCAGAUCGAGGAGCCGUGUUCACUGGGGGCCCACGCUGGAGUCAUAAUACCACCCUCCUGGAUCAUCAAAGUCAGGAAACCACAGAGCUCACUUAAGAACUCUGCCAGGAGAAAAAAGCGGACAUCUUUCAAACGAAGGACAAGCAAGAAGGGACUGGAUGAGUCUAAAUGGCGUCCGUUCAUGUUGAAGCCGCUCCCUUCACCUCUCAUGAAGCCCAUCUUGGUUUUUGUCAAUCCCAAGAGUGGCGGCAACCAGGGUGCCAAGGUGUUACAGAUGUUCAUGUGGAUCUUGAACCCUCGACAAGUCUUUGACCUGUCACAGGGAGGGCUGCGAGAGGCGUUGGAGUUGUAUCGGAAAGUGCCAAAUCUGAGGAUCCUUGCCUGCGGAGGGGACGGCACGGUGGGGUGGAUCCUGUCCACUCUAGAUGAGCUGCAGAUGAACCCCCAGCCUCCGGUCGCUGUUCUUCCUCUGGGAACAGGAAAUGACCUCGCCAGGACGCUCAACUGGGGUGGGGGCUACACAGACGAGCCGGUGUCCAAGGUUCUGUGUCAUGUGGAGGACGGGUCGGUGGUGCAGCUGGAUAGGUGGAACCUUCUAGUAGAGAAAGGUGCUGCGCAGCCGGAGGAGGGAACACAGAAGCUGCCUCUCAAUGUGUUCAACAACUACUUCAGCCUGGGCUUCGACGCUCAUGUCACCCUGGAGUUCCACGAGUCCAGAGAGGCCAACCCAGAAAAGUUUAACAGUCGCUUCCGCAACAAGAUGUUCUAUGCAGGAGCUGCGUUCUCAGAUUUCCUCCAGAGAAGCUCGAGGGAUUUGUCCAAGCACGUCAGAGUGGUGUGUGAUGGUACCGAUCUAACCCCAAAGAUCCAGGAGCUGAAAUUUCAGUGCAUUGUGUUUCUAAACAUUCCCAGGUACUGUGCUGGCACCAUGCCGUGGGGAAACACAGGCGACCACCGAGACUUUGAACCGCAGCGCCAUGACGACGGCUGCAUCGAGGUCAUUGGCUUCACCGUGGCCUCAUUGGCGGCGCUACAGGUCGGCGGUCACGGAGAGAGAUUGCACCAGUGCAGAGAAGUCGUCCUUACUACCUUCAAGACUGUACCUGUUCAGGUGGACGGAGAGCCGUGUCGACUGGCUCCCUCCACCCUCCGCAUCUCCCUCCGAAAUCAGGCCAACAUGGUCCAGAAGAGCAAGAGACGCACCUCUGUGCCCCUACUCAACGAUAUUCAGAAGGUGUGUGCAGCUGAUCUGCGCCGCCUCUCUGCUCCCCCCGACUCCUUCUCUGUUCCUCACGCCGUUCCAGAUCGUCUGCGUCUUCGAGUGAAUCGGAUCAGCCUCCAGGAGUACGACAGACUGCAGUACGACAAAGAGCGACUACGAGACAUCUCCAUCCCAGUAGGCAUCGUGGUGGUGAGAGGCGACUGUGACCUGGAGACAUGCAGACUCUAUAUUGACAGAUUACAAGAGGACUUACACCAGGCACCAUCUACUGGCCACAGAGUGCACUAUCAGGAUGAGAACAGAGGCGUUCCCCGGACCAGUUCAACCAGUAGACUCUCUCCCAACUGGAGCUUCUUGGAUUCCACGUCAACUGACCGCUUCUAUCGCAUCGACAAGGCUCAGGAGCACCUCCACUUUGUGACAGAGAUCUGUCAGGACGAGGUGUUCAUCCUGGACCACGAAGGACCCGUGGUGAACCAGGGGUCGUCCACGGGGAUGCCUGACCUGGUGGUGGAGCCGACUGCUGGUGUUUCCUUGACAGCCGAGGAACAAGCAUUGCUGAACGCCGCAAGUACAGGAGACCUUUCUAUGCUGACGGAGUGUGUGCGUCGAGGCGCCAGCUUGUUGGUUAGAGACUCCAGAGGUUGUUCAGCGUUACAUAUAGCGGCCCAGAACGGACACACAGACCUGGUCAGCUUCAUUCUGCAACAGGGCUCUAAGGUGCUUCUGGAUCUGACCGACAGAGAGAAAGGUGACACUGCCUUGCACAAAGCAGCCUCAGAGAAGCAGCACGCCGUGUGUCGAUUGCUUGUAGACGCCGGGGCGUCGCUCGAGAAGACCAACUUCCAGUGACGGUGUGUGUGUCCACCAGGGGAAGACAGCAGCGGACCAAGCGGAGGGAGACUCGGAGCUCGCCACCUUCCUCAACGCCCAACAAACUUCUUCUUCUGCCACCCACGAAGACUUGGAGACGGCUGUCUGAGGCGCUCACACACACACUCUCACACUCACACACCCUCUCACUCAGUCUCUCUGGACUCUCACACACUCGUAGUGGAGACGAAUCUGGGAGAGAAAAAGUGUUAAAAAAGGAACCGAGUCCGGCUCGUCUCUGCAGACGGAGACGUAAACGAGACAGACCAGAGGAGUGAACUGCUUCGGCUCUUCGGCAGCACUGCAGUGGAGAUUUUAAUGGUCAACUAUUUAUUUGUAUUUAUUUAUUCUAUUUAUUGGUUGUGCUGAUUGAUUGACGGAGUGAUUGAUUGAUCGUAAGACUUUUAACGGUUCAGGAUGCAAAGUGCACUUUGAGCAGCCGCCGUGAGUUCACGCCGUGUCGCUUAGGAGCCGAACUCAUGAAAACACGUUGGUCACAAUUCAUAUUUGAAGAAUGGGUUCACUCAGUAAGAAAAUGUGUUGAUAAGGCAUUUCAAAGCAGAUUAUUUAUGUUGAAAUUUAAUCAAAAUGACAUAAAUACUAAAGUUUUAUAUGUGUUUACCCCUUAAAACCUGUGUGCCAAAGACAUUACAUGGAUGUAGUGUCGUAUCUGUUUCAGUAAUGUUCCCAGAAUCUAUCACAGUGGUUUUGUUUUCACUUAAAUCUCUGUUUCCAUCAUGAUGAUUCAUUCAGCGUCCACAUUAAUGGGUCAACGGAGGGCUUUGAUAACAUUAUAAAGUAUAAUAUAAGUACAGGAGGAAGGAAACUUUAUUUUUUAUAGCACCUUGCUUCACACAUGCACAUAAAAAUACCAGAAACAGGAACACAGCAAUUAAAGGAGUGGUCAAAGGGUUGAGAUAUAUAUAGAAAGAAAAAUAUAUAUUUCAUUUUUCAAAUGUUUUUUCUUUUCUUGUGAAAUACUUUUCAGGCCUCUAAAAAACCAACUCAAAUUACAAAACUGCUCCCAGUUUAUAAUGUGUUUGUUUUAAGGUGUCACAAGCUGAAACAGGUUGGGAACUUACUGGUUUAUUCCACAGUGUUGGAGCUAAAAACAGGAAUAACUAAAUUCCCCCUUUCGUCUUUAAUCUUGAUCACAGCAUUUGGUUGCCAGAUAUGGUUUUUAAAAAUCAGAAAUAUACAGUAUCGGCCCGAUACGGAGGAAAAAAACAACACAUUAAUUCACCCGUAACCAUAAAGCAGCCAGUUGAUUAUGGAGGACAGACCAGACUCUGUUUAGAAACGAGGCGUUGUAACGCAUAAUCACCAACCUGUUCAUUUUCAAGCGUCUGACUCUCCAGCUGCCGUCACAAACACAUAUUUUACUUUUCAUAGUGUGUAUCUGGUACUCCUGACCCAACGAGGCUUUUCACAUGCAGCUUUUGUGUGUGUGUGCGUGCAUGUGUUUGUGUGUGAGUGUAUGUAUGUAUGUGUGUGUGAGAUAAUAUUCCUUAUUCCAUAUCAAUCCUGAAAAGAGAACCAGUACAGCUGCAACAGAAACUGUCUUCACUCUGUGCAGCAUGUACUACAGACUACAGAUGUGUGUGUGUGUGUGUGUACGUGCGUGUGUUUGCAGCAUUUAUCCAAGAAGAAGAGAAAAAUCUGAGCCAUAUUCAAUGCAAUAUGAAUAGAUGACGUCUUUUUUGCAUUUCUAUAUUAAUCGUUUACAUUACAUUAAUGUUUUUAACAUAGUCGACCAUUUUUGGCACCGAGGAGUAUUGAAUGUGCAAUUUUACUUCAGUGCUGGUUGGGUUUAUGAUUGUCUUGUUAUUUUAUGUUUUCUUUUGUUUUUGUUUGCUGCAUGUGAGUCGAUGGAUUGAACUUUUAAAAACAACCCUGUGAGGUCUCUUUUGAUAUAAGCUGUUGUCAACUAAAUUCAUUUAUAUAAAGUAGGAGCUGCUUUCCCCCCAAAGUGUUUUAAAGACUCCGAUUGGAGCCAUCGUAGAAGUCCGAAGGCUUCAACGUCAUCUGCGUUUAUGUUUGAAAUCUGGUUGGAAAUCCCGUUUUCAACUGCUACUGUUGUUCAGUAUUAAUCAACGGAUUUUUCUAUGAGUCAUUUCACACAUUUGAUCUGUUGCCGUCAGGCUUUAAACCUGCGUGGGAAAGUUUUAUGACCUAAUUUUUAAAUGACCUAAUUAACAUAGACUAAUAUUGGAAAAAUUGUCUUUUAAAGGGGCAAUCCAAUUUUAUUCAUUUAUUUUUUUGUAAUUCAAAUUUUUAUUCGGUAUAUGACAAUAGUGUUUUCAUAUUAUGAGACAUUAUUGCUGAAAAUACAUGUAAUAUCAGUGGUAUCAGAAGCCACUAUGAAAAGUACAAAUAAAAACAAAUUAAAUUAAAUUUAAAAAGUCUGUGAAAACAAAGAAAAAGAAAAUAUUAAUGCUAAUCAAACUUGAAAACUAAAAAGAAAAAAAUUAAAUAAAAAAAAAAAUGACAGUAAUCAUAAAUACAUUUUUCAUUUUUUAAACAUGGCUUUGAUUUACGUAAUUAAUUAGC